UCAUCCAGCCCCCCCAUAGAGGAGCACCCAGUGCAGGGAAUUGGCUGAGUGCUGAGCUAUAGCCGGGAUAACCAGGACUCACAGCACCCAGAGCUGCCCGUUCUAUGGGGCAGCCCCCUGGGACGAUGCUCUGCUGGAACAUUGGUGCCAUUCUGGGACCCCUUCCAUUCCCACCUGCCCAACAGCAGCAGCAAAAGGAGCCUCUCCCUUCCCAAGGCACGAGCUCAGCCCUCUGCUGCGAUGCAACCAGCCGCUGCAAUCAGCUGCUGUAAUGCAACCAGCUGCAAUGCAACCAGCUGCUGAAUGCAACCAGCUGCUGAAUGCAACCAGCUGCGAUGCAACCGGCUGCUGCGAUGCAACCAGCGGCUGAGAUACAACCCAGCUGCUGAGAUGCAACCAGCAGCAGCGAUGCAACCGGCUGCUUUGUGCUCAGUGACCCCCCCCCGGAGCUGCGAGGGGCCGGGCAGGAGCUGCUUCCUCCUCCUCUUUCUCCUCUUUCUCCUCCUCCUCCUCGGGGGGCGGGAGCGCUCGGAGCAGCGCUGAGUGUCUGCUGGCUCCCGAGCAAGAAAGAGGCGAAGCUCUCUCGUCCCACCUGCAUCCUCUUACAGCGUCUCGUUGCUGGCCCCCCUCGUGCUGUGUGUGCCCACCUUCCCCCCACCUCGUUCGUCCCGGUGCAUCACUCCGCAGUGCUCUCUGUGCUCCCCUUUCUCUGCACGCCCCUGGCUAUGAACGGCUCGGCAGCCGGCUGGGAUGAGGGCUGGCAUCCCGAGUCGGUGCUCAUCCCCUUGGCUUAUCUCCUCAUCUUCCUCCUGGGCACAGUUGGCAACAGCCUGGUGCUGGCGGUGCUGCUGCGCAACGGGCAGGUGAAGAACACCACCAACCUCUUCAUCCUCAACCUGGGGGUGGCCGACCUCUGCUUCAUCCUCUUCUGCGUCCCAUUCCAAGCCACCAUCUACACGCUGGAUGGAUGGGUGUUCGGGUCCUUCCUGUGUAAAGCCGUCCACUUCUUCAUCUACCUCACCAUGUACGCCAGCAGCUUCACCUUGGCCACCGUCUCCCUGGACAGGUACUUGGCCAUACGAUAUCCCCUGCAUUCACGGGAGCUGCGGACGCCCAGGAACGCACUGGUGGCCAUCUGCUUCAUCUGGGCACUCUCCUUCAUUUUCUCGAGCCCUUACCUCAGCUACUACCAACAGUUCCAGCUGGCCAACCUGACCGUCUGCCACCCGGUCUGGGCCAUCUCCCAGCGUAAAGUCAUGGAUCUCUGCACCUUCAUCUUCAGCUACAUCAUCCCGGUGUUGAUCCUCAGCCUCACUUACACCCGGACCAUCCGCUACCUCUGGAGGUCUGUGGACCCUCUCCAAGAGAUGUCAGAGUCCAAGAAAGCCAAGAGGAAAGUCACCAGGAUGAUCAUCAUCGUGGCCGUGCUGUUCUGCCUCUGCUGGCUGCCCCACCACCUGGUCAUCCUCUGCGUUUGGUUCGGCUAUUUCCCCCUCAAUCACACCACGUACGUCCUGCGCAUCCUCUCGCACCUCAUCUCCUACGCCAACUCCUGCGUCAACCCCGUUGUCUACGCCCUUGUCUCCAAGCAUUUCCGCAAGGGUUUCAAGAAGAUCUUCAUCUGCCUCUUGCACAAGAAGGCGGCCAACAAGGUGCACGCAGCGCAGGGGACCAACACGGUCAGCAUGUUGGAGGCAGAGCUCAGCGAGGAGACGCGUCUCAGUGAGGCCGAGCCUGGCUGCUCCUCGGUGCGCUGCAAAGCUCAGCCCUGGGGGGAGGCAGGACUGGGGGGAUGUGGGCAGAAAGCUGAUGGCGGCUCCUUCGUCACCUUCCAUGUCACAUAGCAGUGCUCCCCUCACGCUGUAUUUUGUGGUCUCCUGCAGUAUGGCAGGUUUGGGGAUGGACCAUGUUUUGGGUUUGUGUCAAAUCUCUUUAUCCCCCCUUCAAACGUUCCCAAACAUCAGCAGUGUUGAAACGAUGCUGAUUCUCAUGGACUCAGCCAAAGAGCCAAGCAUAGGAUUUGCAGAGAGCAGGGAGAUCCAAAGCCUGAAUCAAUUGUAAUAGAGGAUCACCUGUUCCUCUGCACCCUGCUGCAUCUACACCUGGUCCCUCAUGAGAGCUCUGACCUCCAACCACAGCUGCUUUAGCUUUCACUGUGGUGCAGGUGAGGCCCCAGAAGUCUAUAAAGACUGCAGGGUGGAUGGAGGCUGCAUGCUGGGGCCACUUGGAAGAGAUCCCAGUGCCAGAGGAGCCAGGUGGCACAAUAGGGUCAGCACUGGGAGAGCAAAGUUGGGCUGCAGGGCCCCAUGGGGACCAUACGCUGCAAUAAAGACCUACAGGCUUCUAUCCUGCAGCUCGUGUCACCUCUCUUAGGAUACCCUGCAACUCCUGCAGCGUUUGCCUCCUCCAUUUCUCUCCUGCUCAGUGCAGUUGGGGCUGAGAUGAAGCUUUUCCUUGCUUCGCUCUGUUUUGCUCACCCUUGGGAUGAAGGAUGGUAAGGGGCUGAGGGGAGAAAUCAUGGGCAGAGGUGAGGAUGCUUUAAAACACAGCUUUAGGACACAGCCCCACAGCCCUGCUCCUCCUUGGCACUGCACUGUCCCCCUCCCAGGGCUUGGCCUUCCCUCCCCAAGAGCUCAGGGCUGUCAAACGCUCAUUUUCCCCCCCACUGAGUGUUAUUAUAACCAGUUUCCUGUCCCCACAUGGAGGGCCAGAAAUCAGCCCCUGCCUCCUAUCAAUAACCAUUAUAUUUAGUCUAGGCCUGCUCACAGCAUAAGUCACAGAGUGUAAUUUUAUAAACAGCACCAUUACUCAUAGCUGUAUUUACCUCCCCUGCUGACCCCUUUCCAGCCAGGGAAGCACUGCAACAGCUCCAGCAGCACAGCUCAAAGCCUCCUCCUGCCCUCAGCACCCUGCACCAUGGGGUGCAAUCCCUGCUCAUGCCAGGUACAUUGUCCCACCAUCUCCUUACCACCCCAAUGACAGGUUGCCCAUGCUGGCAUGGCUGGGUGCCGUUGCAGAGGAGAUAGCAGUGAUAAAAGUAAAGCUGUUCCCAGAGCUUAGCAGAGCUGGGUCCCCCAGGGAGCUGCUCAGGAACCAUCCUCAGCUGGAGAGAUGGGAAAGCAGUGCCGUGAUGCUGCAGUCAAACACAGAAUCAAUACAUGGGCUUAUGUGGAGAUGCAGAAAUAUCAGCAAAGAAAGGACAAGCAGUCUUCUAACCUAACAAGAAACGAUUUAGUGAGCAAGGAGAGUGAUUUGCAGAGACUUUCAGCACAUCCAUUAAUUAUAUUUAACAUAACCUUCCCAAAAACUGACUGCAGUGACUCAUUGCUGCCCAGCUCCCCUGGCUGGUAGAUGCCAGUAGGGCUGAGAUGGAGCACACAGGGGAGGGAGCUUCAAUUGGAGACCCAGCACACCCUGCUUUGAACAGCACAUCCCCACAUUCACAUGGAUCCGCUGACCUCCUGCCUCUUCCAGCAGCCCAAGCCCAUUCCUCUGGCACCUCCUUGCAGGUGGGAUUUGGGUUAAAUCCAUAGCUGCAUGUUCACAGGCAACAAGAUGGAAGCCUGUGCUGGCUGCUGGAUCAUUACACCAUUUACAGGAUGGUGUAGAAAUAGAGUAGAUGCUCCACUGCCUCUGUGAGUGUUGCCACAAGCAGAGGAGGAGGAGAUGUGAGAUACUGAGCCUCAGCAUCUUAAGGUUUAAUAAAAUUUAAAGGUUAAAGUUGAAUAAAAGCGGAUUCAAUGGGGAGAAGGAAAUAAAUAAGCUAAAUUCAGAUUUCAUCGAGCCCAGCAGAGCUCACAGAGACAAGACUGAAAGCUCAGGUUAAUGUGAGCUUGCCAGAGUACAGUUUUAAUGCUAUUUUUCCAGGAAUUGCUUUUAAACACUUACUGUGCCAAAUUUCCUGCCUGGUAUCACAAUGGAAUCCAGGGGGGGGGCUGAGGUUCUUGAGCCCCCCCCCCACACACUCUGCUUUGUGCUGUACCUGACUUCCAGUUGCAAACUUGCAGCAGCAGGAAACCUGCAGGGAUUCUGUCCCAUGUCACCAUCCCUGCUGAGUUUAAGACCUGUUGUUUUGGGGCAGCAAAAGGAUUUCAUGAGAGCAGGUAGCACUCCCAAACCCCAGCACAGCCCUCCAGUCUGGCCCCCUGCAGUAAUAAAAAGCAAUCCUGAAACAGAAGUGGGUCUCCAGCCAAAUACUGGGAAACAAAAAAUUUGCCCAUGGUCUUAGGGAAUGCACUGGCAGCCAAAACAGAACCUGGGGCUGCAAAAGGAGGAGAAGGGCCUUAAAACCAGCAGAGGAUCCUUGGAGGAAGCGAGGGGGAAAAGUGUGUCAAGCCCAGCAGCAUCGUGCAGCCCUCAGCUGUCACCUCUGCCAGCAGUCUCAGCUGGAACCACUGCACUGUUGGCAGGAUCACUCUUAUUCAACGUGUUGCACACACAUUCCUUACCAUAAAAAGCCAAAGAGCAUGAAGUGCUGGUCCUAAGCAUUGUUGGCCACUGCCAGAACCCUCAAGGCAGCCCAGAGGGGCGAGAGCUCCUUCCUUUACACCAAGCUGCUAAAAGCCCACCCAGCCUGGUCUUCAGCACUGCCAAGGAUGGGGCACACAGCUUCUCUGGGUAGCAAUGCCUCACCACCCUCCGUGUGAAGAAUUUCUUCCUAACAUCUAAUCUAAAUCACCCCUCUUUAGUUGAAAACCAUUCCCUCUUGUCUUAUCACCUAAACUCCCUGACAGACAGUAUCUCUCAAGUUUUCUUGUAGGCCCCUGUUAGGUACAGGAAGGCUGCUAAGCUCCCCCCUGCUUCCUUCCCUCAGUUUUGCCUGCAACCAUUCCAGGUGAAUCACUUUGUCCUGGAACCAGCUGCAAUAAAGCACAUGUUUUAUAGCCUUGGCCUGAGCACAUCAACAAAUUCCACCCGCUCUCCUGGAGAAAAGAAAUACACCUCAAUUCACUGCUGCAGCAGAAACACAUCCAGAAAGAUGGAAUCCAGAUCAUCCUGGCGAAUGUCAGAGUGUGCAUCCAGCACGCUUGACACUGCACAUAACACGUGCCAGCAGUGCUUUGCUUAUGCUUAAAAACACUCUGUCCAGAACCUGCCAGCCUUGGAGAGCUUCUCAGUGCUUGCAGAGGGAAAACAGCAUUGAAAUCUCAGAUUUCCUCAAGCUUUUGAGGUCAGAAGACAGAGGAGAGGGCUCUCAGGUGGGUAUUGUGAACCCAAAGGGCCAGGCAGAUGUGAGUGAGAUUUAAACCCACAGAGUGGAACAAAUCUGAGCUGGACUAACCUCUCAAAUGGCAUCGUUGCUGUUGUUAUUGUCUUAAAGGAGAUCUUGACACCAUCUGAGUGCUUCAAACCACACUUGGAUCUAGGCUUAUAAUUAAAAGGUCAGAGGU